ACCAACCCACAUACACACUACCCACGACUUUAUUGUUGCUGAACAAAAAGUGUAGCUUAAAACAGUUCGGAAUCCAAGGAAACACUCAGUAUACGGGCGGUCGUAUAAUCUACACUAAAGUCGGACUCGUAUCCUUUUAUUUAUUUGUGUGUUUUCGUGUGAAAGUGCGCAAGCGAUACAGUUACCGCGGGGGAGAGAAAACGUGCGAGUGCGAGUGCAAUGACAACGUCGACAGUAAAGCGAUGCCGACGAUCGUCGCAGACGGCGCCCGCUAGCGGCGAUGCCGUUCCCGGGGAGGAUGCGGAUGUUGUAAUGGCCAAUGAUAGUCCCAUCCACACCAGCGGAAGUCUGUCGAAGCGGGACUCCGAGGAGGAUGCAUGGGCAUCCAAGGGAUACAACUACAUCAAUCCCUUCGUGCACCGCGUCGAAAUCGACAGUCACAUUGAGGUGGCCAAGGUGUAUGUGCUGACGGUUUUGUUGCUGCCCAUUCGUGUGGUCGGAUGUGUGCUCUCCCUUCUCUCUGCGUGGAUGUUCGCCUGCAUUGGGCUCUAUGGCAUGACGCUGGAUGAUCUCAAGGCAAGGCCGCUAACCGGCUGGCGCAAGCAAAUGCAAUACAUGACGGCGAAGGCCAUGCGCAUGUUGUACACUUCGGGAUCAUUUCACUACAUAAAUAUGAAGGGUACACCGGCGACACCCAAGCAGGCGCCCAUACUGGUGGUGGCACCGCAUUCCUCCUAUGUGGACUCCAUACUGGUGGUGGCCACCGGACCGCCAUCGAUAGUGGCCAAACGAGAGACGGCCGACAUACCGCUGCUGGGUCGCAUCAUCAACUACGCCCAGCCGAUCUAUGUGCAGCGUGAGGAUCCCAAUUCCAGGCAAAACACCAUAAAGGACAUUGUAGACCGUGCACGAUCCACAGACGAUUGGCCGCAGGUUGUCAUCUUUGCCGAGGGCACCUGCACAAAUCGCACGGCACUGAUCAAGUUCAAGCCGGGCGCCUUCUAUCCGGGUGUGCCCGUGCAGCCAGUCCUGCUCAAAUAUCCGAAUAAAUAUGACACCUUCACCUGGACCUGGGAUGGGCCCGGCGUGCUACGUUUGCUUUGGAUGACCAUGACACAGUUCUACAAUCGCUGCGAGGUGGAAUAUCUGCCCGUCUAUCAGCCGAACGAAGCCGAAAUGGCCGAUGCAAAUCUCUAUGCAAACAAUGUGCGCAAGGUGAUGGCCAAGGCUCUGGGUGUGCCCACAUCGGACUAUUCCUUCGAGGAUGUCAUCAUAAUGAGUCGCGCUCGUGACAUGAAGAUACCCUUUCCCGGCGACAUUGUAGAGAUUGAGCGUACCAUCGAGCAACUGGGCCUGUUGGAGAGCACACGAGACACGGAGCUGUGCGAAUUAUACUUGAGUUUGUCCAACACGGACAAGCUGGACAUUAUCACCUUUGCGGAGCUGCUUCAGGUGGAUCUCAAGAAUCCGAGCUUGCACAAAUUGUUUGCCCUGCUGGAUCAUCGUCGCCGUGGCACAGUCUCGCUGAAAAGCUUCCUCCUGUGCUCGCUCUUUAGCAAAUUGAAAAACGCCGAUCUAGCGACCUUUCUACGCGCACUUGUCAAUCUCUAUAGCGAAUCGAGUGAGAAAAUAAGCAGGGAGAGCUUUGUGCGUCUGAUGCGGCAUGCGGGGGGCAAGCUGAACGAACAAAAGGCCCAAGCGCUGUACUUUGCGCUGGACACAGCCAACCUUGGCUACGUAUCCUUUGAUUCCCUUGUGGCAUACACAGAAAAGCAAUCGAGCUACAAGUUCUUCUAUCACAAAUCGGAGCACAUAAGAAGAUCAAAAACGACCAAGAAUGCCGCAGGCAGCCCCAACUAAAGCUGGCACUUUAAAGUAAAUUGAGAGCAAAAUGCAGGAUAGAAAAUACGGAAGAUUUGAGGAAUGUUUUUAGAGAGAAAAAGCCCAAGCCCCAGCCCCAGCCCCCAAACCUAGGCAGAAAGUGUAACUGUCGGAGUGUAUAUUUUUAAUAUUUAUUUACCGUGUAGCGCACGUGCCCCCCCCUGGCACCCAUAAAAUUUAGUUAUUCUAAUUUCUACGAUUAUUACCUUAAUGAAUAUCCUUUUUUUUUGAUGAUGUUGUUGUUGUUGUCACAGCAGAUGUGGAACUGUCUGCGUGCCGCCAGCCUUGUUAUUAUUUAUACUUACUCUGGACUCUUAACGCAAGUCAUUUCAUCUUUGUGAUUUUUUUUUAUACACACAAACAAAGCAACCAACUUACGUUACUUAUUAGGCGUUAUACAUAUACACUUAAAUAUACAUAAACAAAAAAAGAAACAAAAGAACAACAUAAUUACACGUAAACUAUAUAUAAAUGUCUAUGUAGAGGCAGGCAGGCUAACGUCCAACGUAAUGUGUAUGGUAUUUGAUUUGCCCACUUCAAAGCGUUUCAAAAUACAUCAAAAUAUAGAUAUUGCACGGCAAGCCAUAAGUAUAAGACUAGGUAUGUACCAUGUAGAGAGGUGUGUGUGUGUGUGUGUGUGUGUGGCCACCACCCACCCAUACCCAUCCAAUGACACGAGAGUUCUUGCAACUGCAGAGCCAACCUUGGGCCCCCACACACAGAGCGAACCCACAUAGAAGAACCACCAAGCCAAGCACAUUAAAUGAAAGCAAUUAUUAUUGUUAAAGCUUGAAUUUAUGACAACUUAUGGAACACUGUACUGAACCCAGAAAGAACCAAAACAAAAAAGGCAGCACACUAAAUGGAAAUUAAUUUCAAAAUUGUUUUUACAAGCCCUAAAAGCAAAGGCAAAUAUGUGAGCUUCCUGCGCUUUUGAAUCCUUUAUUCAGUACGGUUUAGGGUACUGCCAAUCAGCCAACCAGUCAACCAGUAGAAGCAGCCAAAACACCAUUAGAGGAACUCCGUUAGCAAACCAAGACACACUCUUCCGUUCUCUAGUUCCUAUCCAUAUGGCGACAGUAGCUCAUAAUAAUAAUAAUCUCUUUGUGCAUUUGUAACUAAUACAGAA